AAAAUAGCGAAAGCAGCGAGCAGCGCAAAGCUUACAAAUACGCUUUGCCAAAUUACUGCUCCACCUCUGCAGACGCGACAACAGACGGACAACAGACCACAACAGCAGCAGCAGCAACAGACAGACAACAGCAGCAGCGGAUAUUACGAUUAACAGGCAGCAAAACGCCCACGAAACCUGUAAGUGGAAUAUUUAAGGCCAAGAGGGCAGCAACAGAGACAGUCAUGCCACUGGCUGACUCCAAUAAGGAUCUGAGACAGCAACAGCAGCAGCAGCAAGUCGAAGUCGUCCACAGCAGCAGCAGCAACAACAACAAUGCCGAGCAGGCACAGCUGGACAAUGCCAGUGCAGCAGCAACAACAGCAACAGCAGCAGCAGCUGCAGCAACAACAACAAAAGCAACAUCAGCAAUGGGCCUGCAGCUGCGUCAACGCAUGCAGAUUACAUCCUCCGGCUGCAGCAGUCUGGCGGUGACACCCAUGGAGCACACGCCCACCGACGAGGAGAGUGGCGCCGUUACCACAGUGACGUCAUCGCAACGACGCCAACAACAGCAGCAGCAACAGCAGCAGCAGCAACAACUUCAAGCAGCCCUCGAACAACAUCACAUAACGCCGAGCAGCAAGACGCCGGAGCAAAUGGAGCUGAGCGACUCGGAGUCGUAUGGGGCGACAAGCUACGAUGAGUUUGAGCUGCGCGAGGUUGUCAAGGAGGGGCAUGACAAGGCUGAUCCAUCCCAGUUCGAGCUGUUGCGCGUGCUUGGCGAGGGCAGCUUUGGCAAAGUGUUUCUGGUGCGCAAGAUAUUGGGCAAGGACUCGGGCACACUGUACGCCAUGAAAGUGUUAAAGAAGGCCACACUCAAGGUGAAGGAUCGGGUACGCAGCACCAACGAGCGCAAGAUCCUGGCGGAUGUGGGCCAUGCGUUUAUCGUCCGUUUGCAUUAUGCGUUCCAAACGCCCGGCAAACUCUACCUGAUCUUGGACUUUCUUCGCGGCGGCGAUCUGUUCACGCGUCUCUCCAAGGAGGUCAUGUUCACGGAGGAGGACGUCAAGUUCUAUUUGGCCGAGCUGGCGCUGGCGCUAAAUCAUCUGCACACGCUUGGCAUCAUCUAUCGUGACUUGAAGCCGGAGAACAUACUGCUGGACGAGCACGGGCACAUUGCGCUCACCGACUUCGGGCUGUCCAAGCAGCCGCUGGACGGCUCCAAAACGUACAGCUUUUGCGGCACCGUCGAGUACAUGGCGCCCGAGAUUGUCAAUCGGAAGGGACACGACUUCGCCGCUGACUGGUGGUCAUUCGGCGUCCUAAUGUACGAGAUGCUGACCGGCAAUCUGCCAUUUCACGGCCAGACGCGCCAGGAGACCAUGAACCAGAUACUGCGCUCCAAACUGGGCAUGCCCGAGAAUUUGUCGCCCGAGGCUCAAUCCCUGCUGCGUUCCCUCUUCAAGCGCAAUCCCCUCAAUCGCCUUGGUGCCGGUCCCCAGGGCAUACUGGACAUCAAGGCGCACUGUUUCUUUGCCACCAUCGAUUGGGUGCGCCUCGAGCGGAAGCUGGUGCGUCCUCCAUUCAUACCGGCGGUCAGUCGCGACGAUGCCUUCUACUUUGACGUGGAGUACACGUCCAAGUCGCCGCGCGACUCACCCGGCGGCCCCAUCUCGGCCUCCGCCCACGAGAUCUUUCGCGGCUUCAGCUUUGUGGCGCCCGUGUUGCUCGACUGCUGCAACAGCAGCAGCAACAGCAACAUCAACAGCAACCCCAACAACAUUACCACAAACAUCAAUAGCACUAACAUGAUCGGCAGCUGCUCGAACAAUGCCAGCCCGCUGCAUGGUGGCCUGCCCGCCGCUGGAGCGGGUUCGUCGGGGCCACGAAGUUUGCCUGGGGUGCUGCCUGGCAAUUUUCUAGCCGAGUACAAUCUGCUGCAGGAGCUGGGACGAGGCACGUUCUCGGUGUGCCGUCUGUGCGAGCAUCGGGCCACCAAGAAGCAUUACGCCGUCAAGAUCAUUGAGAAGGCGGCGGUGGCUGCCGCCUCCUCAGCAUCGGCCGAUUGCUGGGAGGAGGUUGAAAUAAUGCUGCGCUAUGGCAACCAUCCCAAUAUAGUUACCCUCUACUCGGUGUACGAGGACACAAACUCCGCAUAUCUGGUCAUGGAGCUGCUCAAGGGCGGCGAACUCCUCGAUCGCAUCCUCGCCGUCGGCCAGAUGUGCGAGAGCGAGGCAAGCGCCGUGCUCCGUACGAUUGCAGCCGCCGUUGCCUAUUUGCACGAGCACGGCGUCGUCCAUCGCGAUCUGAAGCCCUCGAAUAUGAUCUACGCGAGCAUGCGGCAAACGCCGGAAACCUUAAAGCUCUGCGACUUGGGGUUUGCCAAGCAGCUGCGCGCGGACAACGGGCUGCUGAUGACGCCCUGCUAUACGGCGAACUUUGUGGCGCCGGAGGUGCUCAAGCGGCAGGGCUACGAUCUGGCGUGUGACAUCUGGUCGCUGGGCGUGUUGCUGUACAUAAUGCUGUCCGGACGGACGCCAUUCGCCAGCACGCCAAACGAUUCGCCGGAGGUGAUACUGAAGCGCAUCGGAUCGGGACAUAUCGAUUUCAGCAGCAGUCGCUGGUCGCUGAUCAGUGCGCCGGUCAAGGAGCUCUUGCGCCAGAUGCUCCACAUAGUGCCCGAAAACCGGCCAACGGUCGCCCAAAUCCUGGCGCACAGUUGGGUGCGCGACCAGUUCGCAGGCAACGUGCAACUCACCGAAUACGCACCACCGCAUCUGGCAAGUGGCGGCGGCGGUGGUGGCAAUGGGGGUGGACAGCAACAGCUGUCACUGGGUGCGCAGCAGCAGCAGCACAAUCACAUCUCGAUGGCACUGAGGGGAGCUGUGGAUGCCACGUUUCGAGCAAUCGCUAUACCGCAGGCGGCAAACGUCGGCCCCGUCGAGCUAUCGAUGCUGGCCAAGCGGCGGGCCAAGGAUCGCGCCAAUCUGCAUUCCUAAUUGUUGGCAGGUCUGUGCCCGAAGCGCCAGGCCAAGCGGCAACUAAUCCAAUUCAUAUACAAA